AUGAAACGCCUGAUUUCCUGGAAUUACCCUGCUGCCUCUGGAUCAGGAGAAGUCGCACCCACCGGAGUGUCAGUGUUGCAUAAAGAGGGGCUGUGCUGGGCUUGUCCCGUGCCAGGAGCUGCGGGGCACGGAGGGAGAAGGAUUUCAGGCCUUUUCUUCCCGCUCAUCUUCUUGUUGGACCAGCUGGAGCAUCUGCUGUGAGACAUGGCUUCGCAGGAGGACACACAAGAGGGGGAUGCAAAGGCACAGCUCUUGGCAGAGGCAUUUCAGAAGGACGGAUUGGAUGCUGGAUACUGGCUGCCCAAAGUGUCACAGAUCCUGGGGAUCAGGUGCAGAGAAGCCCUGCAACAUCUGGAAUAUAAAGACUACCUCAGGCUGGAGUGUGAGGUACGACACCCCUGGGAGAAAAAGGCACUCCAGAAAUUCCUGAAAUUACCAGAUGAGAAAACAACCACCAAAGAGGUGCAGAAGGAGCACUUGGAGAAGACAAAGCAAAGACAAGAAGUGGCCAAACAAGCCCUGAAGGAUCUGACUGAAAUGCUCAACAGCUGCAGCCACAGCCAGGAUGCUGUGAGGGAGAAAGCAGAGAAUCUGUGGCAAGCCAUGGAGAUUCCCAAAGAAUUCUGGCCACCACCAAAGAAACCCUUGGCAGAUAUGCUGGAGAGCAUGCAGAAGCAGCUGGAGCAGCAGGAUUUGUCAGCAGUCAGGAUGGAGAACAUCCCUGACACAGAGGUGCUGAGGCAGGCGUCGGGGGGACUGGCCCUGCAGGGCAUCUACAGAACCAGCAGACCUGAAGAUGUGCUGGCAACGCGAGAGCAGCUCCUCAGGGUUCCUGAGGGAUUCCAGCUCACUGGUCCAGAGCAAGGAUCGCUGCUUGAGAGGAAGGAGUUCUCCUCCUCUGCAGCAGAAUCCACUUUCACCAAGUCCAUGGAGCAGCUGGGGUUCAGCAUGAGCGUUUCUGCCAAAGCCGGAUUCUGGGGGAUUAAUCUGGGAGCAGGUGUAGGUCACAGCAGCUCCUCACAGUCACAGGCCACCUCCCAGUCGCACUCUGAGCAGAGUUACUUUUGCACCACCAUGUACCAGUACAUCCCCCUGGCUUCCUGUUGCUUCCAAAGACAUCAGCUUCGCCUCUUGGAUGCGGCCCUGAAGGAGCUGCAAGACAUGGAGCAGCUUUUGUGCUUCACUCAAGAAGACAAGGCCCCCCUGCUGGAGAGGUGUGAGAGGUUGUUCAGCAGGUUUGGGUCCCACAUAAACCAGGGUACCCUUCACUUUGGAGGGAUAUUCUGGUGGAAGGCAUCCACAGAAGGAUUCCGAGCAGAGCAGAGAGAGGAGAUGAAGCGACAAACAUCUGAAGCACUGAACAGCUUUCUCAGGAUGAGCUAUGGGGGCUUCCUGGCAAAUGCUGUGGGAUCCCUGGAUGUUUCUAAAUCCAGCUCACAGGCUUCUGUCCUGGGAAGAGCUGGAGACAGUUCCCAUACAGCAGUUCAUCUCUCCGUGGUCAACACAGGGGGCCCACCAGACACAGCUUCUCUUCCUCAGUGGAAAACGGGGCUCAUGUCUGAUAACACAACGUGGUGCGUUAUCGACCGUGGCUUUGAGCUGGUCCCAGUGUGGGAUGUCAUCCUGUACAAUCACAGCAGGGAUUUUAAGUCCGUGGGUCAGAUGAGCAGAGCCCUCAGGGAUGCGUACAAAGAGCUGACAAAACAGAGCAUAGGCACCACUUUUGGAGAGAACCUGGGCAGUGCAGUGAAAGAGGCCAGAGAUUUCAUGGGGACUGUGAAGGCCUGGGAGGUGACGGUGGAUGAAAAAAAGCUGCUCACAUUGAUGCAGCUAAAAGACUAUCUGAAUGCAAGAACCCGGAACCCCAGUGUGUGGAUCAACGUGUGCCUGUCAGACAAAGCCCUGCAGGACUUCCUGGUGAACACCGUGCGCAGCUGCCAGGAGUCACCUCCAGAAAACACCAGCUCUAUCAAGGUAAUGUUGAGAAGCCUCCUGGAUCCUCAUAUCUACUCUGUCAAGGACUUCCCUGAGGCUUCCUUCAUUAUGCAAUGGAUCUUCCAGACUGGGCACCAACUUCCCAGAUCUGCCAAAGUCUCUGAGCUUGGAGACCUCACCAAAACACUGCAGCAAAUGAAGGAGCACAUCCAUGCUGUCACCUAUGCACCAGCAAGCUCUGCUUCUGCCAUUCAUGAAGCAAAGAUAGAAGCCACCCUGACCAGCAGCCUUGCCAUUUAUUCCUUACUCCAGUCUCUCCAGGAACGGGCUCAGAAGGACAUGGAACUGUUGGUGCUCUUGAUUGCGAGCAGCACAGGGUACCAGGUGGAAAGCAGCACUUUCCAGCACCUCCUUGGACACCCAGAAAUUCAGUACAUGGCCAAGGAAAUGGCAGCGGCACAUGAGGAGUACGUGAACCUGAAGGAGCAAGAUGCCGACAGAGCUGAGGCCUCCCUUCUGCUGUUGGGUCUGACUGUGACACCCGAAAGUCAAGAGCUGUCCCCUGAGCAGAAGAGGGAGCGAUUAGUUUUCAUGGAAGAUCACAUGAAAGGCUUGUGGUCCCCACAGAUAAAGAAUCUCCUCCAAAAGCACAGUGGAGGCACAGACUGGGAGAUGCUGGAACGGGACUUGCGUUCCUUGAUCAGUGGGUGCUUGGAUGAGAAAUUGGAUGAACAGAGGAUGCAGAACAUACUCAGUGACCUGCAACACACUUUUAUAGCUCCUGAGCCUCCCAGUCAAUACCAAUCCAAGUCAGACAGCGGUGAAUCCAAAUCUGAUGAAGCCAUUGUAAACCAGGAGUUCUUACAGUUGCUCAAGCGCCUUGGACUCCAAAGCCACUAUCCAAGAAAAAUGGGGGUGGGAGAUUUCUGCACCAUCUGCAAGAUAUCUCUGCAGGACAGCCAGCCCAGCAAGGACACAGAACUGCCAUUAUACUUCUUGCAAAGGUUGUUGACUGUGGAUUACCAGGUGAGGUACCUGACUUGCAGGGAUGACAGUAAACCAAAACUUGCAUCUCUGCCACAAACCACAGCGAAAGAGCACAAACACUCGGACUACUUUGAACAGUUUUUUGAUGAUUUGGAGGAAGCAGCCCCUGAAGGUGCAAACAGGGACGGCCAUGUGCACCCCAUGGACCUGCAGAUGGCCAUUUUCCAUUGCGCUGAUGACUUCCUCAGACAGACCCUUGCAACCAAGCUGGCCUUCUGCCAACUGGCGCUGCCUCUGCUGGUGCCCAACCCGUGCACUUCAGGCAUUGAGUUCCCACUCUAUGCCCUCAGCCAAAUCCAAAGGAGCUGGAAAGAGGCAGAGAAGUCAGGAAAGGAGGCUGGAACAAAGAGUUACAAUAACAAACUCAUCUUUCAGGCACAGACACCCAUCGUGUCCUUCAUCCGCAUUGGCAGCUCGGCCUCCUCUUCCAAGUCUCAGCUCCUGAACGCUCUGCUGAGCAAACGCAAACACGACACUUUCUUCCACCGCCACUGCAGAGGCAGCACCAGAGAGCGUUUGCUGAUGGAAGGGGUGGUGGAGAUCGCCUGGUACUGCCCCCGUGGAAGCCCCGAUGACACCUUUGAGUGCUGCGUGGCUUUCUGCAACCUGCAUGGAGAUGCCAGGGAUCACGGAGCACAGCUGCAGUUCCUGCAGGAGAUAUCUGCUGUCAACGUGGCUCUUGUGUCUGAGUUGGAGCACAUGGACAACAGGGGGAAAAAGCUUCUGCAGGAACUGUUGCACUCACAAAGGCCUUUGAUUUGUCUCCUUGCAGAAAAGGAGAAUGUUUCAGCUGGACAAGUCAGCAAAAACAUAAAAAUAGGGAUCAAGAACAGAAAUGAAGCAGAACUGAUGGACCAGCUGGCCAAAAAUAUCAGGGAUCUCCUAGAAUUAAGGUCUAAUCCACAUUUAAGCCUGGAUGCCUGCAUGGACAAAGCUCGCCAGCACGGAUUCAUAGUGGAUGCAGAUCAACCCGCAUGUGUUACAGCCAAAGCAAAGGCAAAGGAGCUGGUGGACCUUCUGAAGAAAGAGAAGCUGUCUGAGAUCAAAUCCCAGCUGCUGCCACUUCAAGGAAAACUGUGGUACCAGUGGUGCAAAAAGGACAAGGAACUCACUCGCUUGCAGGAGAAGAGGAACAAGAGCAUUGAGCAUCAUCGCAGCCAAAUUGAAUAUGAGAAGAAUGCAAUAAGAAGAAAGCAACUUGAGCAAGCUUUUCCUCUCAACCCACUGAUGAAAUCAUUCCUUGGCUUUCUCCAGGCCCAGCCAGCAGAUACUAAGAAAUAUUUCCUGCAGUGGAUGAAAGUCUUUAUGAAUGAUCUGUCCUAUGUUCGCCUUGAAGAACUGAGGAGAGACUAUCACAAGUUAUGGUCUGAAAUCCGGACAGGAAAGAAAAACCAGGAAAAAAACAGUGUGAAUGCUGAGUUGCUGAAUCAGUUGGAUGCCCUGUCUGAUGAAAUCAACGAUUCAUCCAUUGGUCUGGAGCACCUUCUGAGAGAGGUAGGGCAGAUUUAUGAAGCUCUGCAAUUAAUGGAGACAAAGAAUUACAAUUUUGACAAGCUGCCGGAAAUUGCAGCAGAGCUGAUGGUUUCAGGAUAUCCCAUGGAGCUGUUGGAUGGGGACGCUUCUUACCUGCCCUUGCAAUGGGUGGGAGCAAUCUUUGACAGCUUAAUUGAGAGGCUGGGGGACAAACGAGUGUUUGUGCUCUCCGUGCUGGGCAUCCAGAGCACCGGCAAAUCCACCCUGCUGAAUGCCAUGUUUGGGCUGCAGUUCAACGUCAGCGCGGGGAGAUGCACCCGCGGAGCCUUUAUGCAGCUCAUCCCAGUGGGCGAGGAGCUGCAGCAAGACUUGGGCUUUGAUUUUGUGCUGGUGGUUGACACAGAGGGACUUCGUGCCGUCGAGAUGGCCAAUAAACAGUCCCUGAACCAUGACAAUGAGCUGGCCACCUUUGUCAUUGGUGUUGGCAACUUGACCGUGAUCAAUAUCUUUGGAGAAAAUCCAUCAGAAAUGCAAGAUGUUCUCCAGACUGCUGUGCAGGCUUUCCUGAGGAUGAAGAAAGUCAAUCUUUCCCCAGGCUGCAUCUUUGUCCACCAAAACGUGGGAGCAAUAUCUGCCAAGGAGCAGAACAUGGAAGGACAAAGGCGUUUGCAGGAAAAGCUGGAUGAAAUGACCAUGGUGGCAGCCCAGCAGGAAUUCUGUGACAUCUCCUCCUUCAGCGAUGUCAUUGGCUUUGAUGUGAAGACCCACAUUCACUACUUUGCUCACCUGUGGGAAGGAAACCCCCCAAUGGCACCACCCAACCCCAGCUACAGCCAGAACAUCCAGCAACUAAAGAGUAAAAUCCUCCAGGCUGCCAAGAAGCAGUCACAGCGAAGCAUUUUGAGGCUCUCGAGCCUGAAAGAUCGUAUUGGUGACCUCUGGAAUGCUUUGCUGAAUGAAAACUUUGUUUUCAGCUUCAAGAAUUCCCUGGAGAUUGCUGUGUACAGGAGACUGGAAAGUGCCUUUAGUCAGUGGACCUGGAAGCUGCGGAGUCACAUCUUAGACCUACAGAUGAGACUGGACAACAGAAUUCGCAAUGGGGACUUGCAGAAUGUCACCAGAGAAGAGCUUGAAGUUCUGGUGCAAGAGACAAGUGAUGGCAUUGAGAAAAAAGUGGAAAAGUAUUUCAGUGAAGACAAAGAUCAUGAGACACUGGUGCAGUGGAAAUCAAGCAUAGAGCUGAAGCUGAACGAUCUAAAAGAGGCUCUUCUUCAUGAAACGAAAAAGAAAUGUGAGAAUCUUAUUGAGCUACAGAAAGAGCAGAGGAAACUGGAUGCAAGGAAGUUAGACUAUGAAGACGAGCUCCUGAGAAGGAGUAGGGAGCUGGCUGUGACUCUGAAAGGGAAGAGCCUCAGUGAGAGAGAACUGAGAGACAACUUUAGCUGUGUCUGGAACAAGUGGAUUGAUGAAGUCUCCCAUGCUGCUUGUCCUCCAAAAUGGGUGGAUAUCAAUGCAGAAAUCAAAGAUGUCCUUCUAGAGCACUUUAAGGAAACGGGUUUCCAUGAACGGAUCAGGUCAUUUCCCAAAGGCAGAGGAUUUUCUUUUGACCAGCAGAAACACAUCAAAACAAACAAAUAUUUCGGCUUUAUCCCAGAUCCCUGGAGCAUUUCCAAUGCUGAUGUGAUCAACUUGCACCUCAUCACAGACAACAUCAUAGCAGGUGUGAAGGCAAUCGUUGAUAUGAAAGAACAGGAGGGACACGAUUACAGUCGAAGUUUUAUCCAUGAAAUACUCAAUGAAGUCCAGAAAGGUGUGAACUCUGUCUCCAGCAAUGCAAAAUGUACUUUUAACAGAGAGUACAGCUUAGAUUUGUCUCUGCAUCUGUGCAAAAUGGCAGCAGAAAGGUUUAAAGCCAUGCACGAAGCAUUCCAAAAGGCAAAUGACCCAGUCAUGUACCUGAGGAGCAAGAGAGAAGAUUUCUUCCAAUGUUUCCAGAUUUUCUGCCAAGGAGCCACUUCCAUCACAACUUUCGCUGGUUUCCCUCGUGAGAAGAUUGCUACAGCUCUUCGUCGGGCAGUCUAUGAGAGGACGGCUAAAGCCAUUGCUGAGGACAUGCAGGGCAAAUUCCCAGAUUUCAGGGGCAACAGAGCCAAUCUGGAAGUUUGCAUCUUGAGAUACCUGGCAGAACAAGAAAAUUUUGAGUAUUUCAAGCAGUACCUGAAGUUUCCAAAAGAGUUUUUUCAGAGUUACAUUGAGACACGAGUAAAGAGUCACUGUUUAGAUGGGAGUGGGAGGCUUGAGAGGUUUUUAGAUUCCUCCCUUAAUCUUCUCUUUGAAAAGAUCCUGUCAGCUGUUUCUUUAUCAACCCAAAUUGUCAAAGACAGAAAAGACAGAGAAGACAAAGUCUCUCUUUGGCUGGAUGAAUUUUGCAGGGAACUGACAGAGGUGAUCAGCUUGCCCAGAAGUGACCUGAGGGGCAUCGAGUACCAGGAGGUCACAGACAUUGAGUUCCUGAGUAGUACCAUGGCAGAAAAUCUGGCUGCCAUGAGGGACAGGCUCAAGGAAGAAUUUGCUGAUGCUGACCUGAGCUUGUUUUCAAGGAAGCCUCACAUGAUCCUGGCUGAACAUUUUUCGGGGUGCUGGGCACAGUGUCCCUUUUGUGGGGCAGUCUGCAUAAACAGCAUGCAGGGACAUGAUGGAGACCAUCUGGUGGCCUUCCAUCGCCCACAAGCCUUUAUAGGAGACACAUGGCUGAUGUGGUUUUUUGGCUUUGAGUAUGAUACACGCCAACUGAAUAUUGAUAUUUGCUCCAGCGCUGUUGCAAGCGAUGCCUUAUUCAGAGCUGAUGGUGGCCGAUGGAUCCCGUACAAGAAAUACCGUGAUGCAGGUCCUCCUCAUUCCACUUGGAACAUUCUUCCUGUUCCAUCCAUGCAGGCGUACUGGAAAUGGUUUGUGUCUCGUUUCAGGACACAGCUGGAAGUUUUGUACAAUGGGAAAUUUCAGGGCAAAGGAGAAAUUCCAGAGUCAUGGCAGAGAAUUACCAAGCAGCAAGCGCUUUCUGAGCUGGACAGGAGUUAGGCCACAUCCAUGGGAAGGAAGAACAACAACAGCUUUGCUGUUCUGGAGAUGUUUGUACCAGGCUCUCCACAAAAUGCAUUUACAAUGAUGAUGCUCUCAAGCCCAGUGAAGACAAUGAUAUCCAAUUGCUCCUGAAUGUGGUGAAUUAAGGCGCAUUACUGUGGCUGUCAUUCAGCAACUCUCUCCCUUCAUGAUAAAGCCAAAAUCCUCUUGCCUUCUUGCCACAAACAUUUCCCUCUGCUUUGUCCUAGAGCCAAACCAAACCCCCUCCUUGGGGCGAUCAGCCUCAUGGCCAAGACUGAACCAAAAGGCCAGUGCAAAGGCAAAGGCAGCACUCCAAGCACCCCUUGGAUCAGCUGCUGUGAGACAAGAAGGGACAGUGCCCCAAAGGCAGUUUUCCUGCAGCAAGGAGAUGUCCUGCUUGGAGAAAGGGCUGCAGGACCUGAGGCCAGCUCCAUGCUGGCUGCAAGCUGGGCUGCUUGGCUUUUGGGCAUCAUCCUUCCCUCCCUGACUGCAGCCUCCUGGACCAACUGAGGCUGUUCUCCAGGCAGGAGCUGCUGUGCCUCUGGGCUCUGGAAAGCAGUGACACGACUGCCCUGGGGCUCAGGCAGUGCUUUCACUCCCUGUCUCGGAGGUGCUGUGUCUCUGUCCAGGGCAGCUGCUCCUGCUCAGGUGCCUGGGGCUGCUGCCCUUCCCUCCUUUCAGCCUUGGCAGGAGCUGCUUCGGCCUUUGGCCUUUCUGCUGAGCAAAGGCCUUUGGAAUGCCCCAUGUGGAGAAUCCUGUCUGCCAGCACCUUCUGCAGCAGCCCUUGGGGCAGUGCUGGUGCUGUCCAGGCAGGCUGGUGUGAGAGCUGAGUUUUCUCCCACACAAAGUCUUAUACCAGGCUAAAAUGAUGAACAGAACUUGCAGCUGUUUGGUCUUUAGAGAUGUUUAUUCAGUUUCUUAUCUCAUGGUCCGCACGCCACAACCUUAAAGCUAUAACCUCCCCCCGGAAAAAGAGCAGGCUCUUUCUUUUUGCCAUUGGCGGUUGUCUGGGUCUCACUAAAGAAAUUCCACAACUGACGCCCAACAGUGACUGUAAAUCGAAGCAGGAACUAUCCAGUGGGCUCUGUCUGCUGCACCCGCUGGGGAAGAUGGGGCUGGAGAAGGACAGGGACAGGGCUGUGGUGCCUGGCUGGGUGGAGGAGGGAUGGGGAUGGAAGGGCAGGUGGGGAGCUCUGAGAAGAGCAAUAUUGCUCUUAGUUUCCCUUCCUCCUUUUGCUCUCUUCUUCCUGUCAUUCUUCUUUCUCCCUUCCCAGAGACGCUGUUGCUGCCUGUGAAAAACGAGAUUCACUUUCUUUGUAAAAUUUUUUUAAAAAUGGUUUAUUUUAAAAAGUAAGACAAUUAGGAAACAGAAAUAAAGCAAGGGAUCUCAGCAUUUAGCCAAGAGCACAGCCUACCCUUCCAGAACACCUGUUUAAAAGGAUCAGUAUGUUACAUAUUCAGAAGAACCUAAUGCAGUGUUCAAAAUGUUCUUUUGCAUUCAGAUGCCCUUGUAGUUUUAACUCUCCCAACCUGCCCCUAUUUCACUAAUUUAGCAUUUUAUUACUCCUUGUAGAUAAAUUUCUUGGUGGUGCCUCUUGGCUUGUCUCUUGUCCCAUUCUUCUGAUAACAGAUGAUCAGUAAAUUCUUCCAUUGGAGCCUUGGGAGUCUGUUGUUGUAGGACACGAAAGAAAGAUGAGAGACUCUAAAUAUUUCUGAAGGCAAAGAGCAUAGAAAAAUGCUUUAUUGCCUAAUUCUUACUACCUUUUAUAAAGUGUUCCGGUACAGACUUCACAUGGUCGCUGAAUAGGAACGACACCUCUCUAAUCCCAUUCAUUAAACUAGAGAAACAGCAAAACACCACCUGGAGAAAGAUUGUUUUGAGAAAGGAUAGUUGUUUGCCAAAAUUGUUUUGAGAAGAAGCUUUCUUGAGAAAUUUUUCCUUGGGAAAAAGUUAGCAGCUACUAGCAGGCUAAAAUCUUUCAGACCCAGAAAUAUCAGGCCCACAGGGGUCUGCCCUUGUUAUCUUCAUCCAGAUAAUCCAAGAAUGUGGGGAAUUUCCUGAUUACCUUUCCUAUUCUUCUGGGUUAAUUCCAAAAAGCGUCUUGCAUCACAUUGUUUCUAUUUUAAUAUUAUGCUACAACCUAUAUAUAUAUAUAUAUAUAUAUAUACACACACACACACACACACAUACACAUUCAUGACAUCACCAUUUCUUAGCCCUAUUAAUAGCAGAAAAUAAACUAUAUUAAUACAAUAAAACCUUCCUGCAUUCUGCAUAUACCAUUUUAAUAUUUGAGAAAAGCCAACUUUAUAAAAUGCAUUUAUAACACUGCCCCAUCCCUGGAAGUGUCCAAGGCCAGGUUGGACAGGACUUGCAGCAGCCUGGGACAGUGGAGGGUGUCCCUGCCCAUGGCAGGGCGUGGAAGUGGAUGGGCUUUAGGGUCUCUUCCCACAUGGAAUCCUUGAGGAUUUAGGGAGAUGAGAAUGGCACAGGGAUACCUUUGAGCCCUUUCUAGUACCUAAAGGAGAUCCAAGAGAGAUGGAGAGAGACUUCUUAGCAAGGCUGGAGUGCCAGGACAUGGAGAAUCGCAAAUAAGGAACGAAUACUGUGUGUAUGGUAAGAGAAGUCUUGCUGAUGUGUGAUUAUGUUAUUGUAGUUUGUCGUUUGGACACCCUCUGUUCUCCCCAUGGCCCUUUCCCCCCCCUGUACUGUUUCCACCUCACAGCCUUGGUUGUCAGAGUUGUCAGGGACAUGUGGAGGGAGGGCGUGUACAUGUGCCCCUUGCAUGGAGCAGUUGGGAAUCGGGGCACACCUCAUCUCCAAUCAAGUUGCAAGAAGGUCUCCACCAUUGGAUGGCAAAGAAGUGUUGACUGGCAGAAUUUGGGAGGGGCCAGGGUUGGCUGAUGCAACACCAGGGGUAUAAAAGACAGAGCAGCCAUUUUGUGGAUCAGCCUCUGGCAGUCAGCCAUGCUCCCACCACUGUCCCUUUUUCCUUGUUCAGUCCUCUGUUGUG